AGUAUGAGUUUUCAUUGGACUCAUGCAUUAUAAGAGCAUCUAUGUUUUCAUUGGAAGCUGCAGAUACUCAUAAAACUGCAAAAAAAUUCUAAACAUUUUCCCAAUGGCUGAGAACAACACAACAAAAAGCAAUGGCCAAAUAAGUGUUCAAGAUGCACAAGUGGCUGUGGUUAUGGUGCCACUUCCAGCACAAGGCCAUCUCAACCAGCUUCUCCACCUCUCGAGGCUAAUCACCUCAUAUAAUAUCCCAGUGCACUAUGUUGGAGCAACCCCUCAUAUUCGCCAGGUCAAGUUACGUGUCCAUGGUUUCGACCCUGUUACUACUAAAAACCUACAUUUUCAUGAAUUCCCUACACCACCUUUUGAAAACCCCCCUCCAAAUCCAAAUGCUUCUCAUAAAUUUCCUAAUCAUAUACUCCCUUUACUUUAUGCAACAAUCCAUUUCCGUGAGCCAGUGUGCUCUCUUGUAAACCAACUCUUAGGCGCCAAUCAUCGGAGAGUGAUUGUUAUUUAUGAUUCUCUGAUGACUUGGGUGUUGGAGGAUAUACCAGCAAUUCCAAAUGCCGAGUGCUACCGUUUUAACAGUUUCUCAGCUUUCUAUAUGUUUUCAUCCUAUUGGGAAGCCAAAGGAAAACCUUUCCAACCUGAAACUGAGAUAUUUGAGGACAUUAUAUCAAGAGAAAACUGUGCUACCCCAGAGUUAUGGGAAUUGUGGAAUAAACAAGGAUCCCUUGAAGGGAAAAUUUGCUCUGGAGAACUUUACAAUACAUCCAGAGUAAUAGAAGGUUCAUACCUUGAUUUAGUAGCCAAAGAAACUAAUGGCUUAAACCUAUGGGCUAUUGGUCCAUUCAAUCCGUUGUUGUCUGAGCAGAACAAAGACUCAAACAAACAACAUCAAACCUUGUAUUGGCUUGACAAACAAGAAACAAAUUCGGUAAUCUAUGUGUCUUUUGGAUCAACUACUACCUUGUCUAAUAAAGAAAUCAAAGAGCUCGCCAUCGGGUUAGAGAAAAGCAUGCAAAAGUUCAUUUGGGUUCUCAGAGAUGCUGACAAAGGAGAUGUUUUUGCAGGUGAAGAAAGGAGAGCUCAGCUGCCAGAAGGUUAUGAAGAAAGAAUAAAAGGAAGAGGAAUUAUUGAAAGAGAUUGGGCACCUCAGUUGGAAAUUUUGGCACAUCCUUCCACAGGUGGUUUUAUGAGUCAUUGCGGAUGGAAUUCGUGCAUGGAAAGCAUUUCCAUGGGAGUUCCUAUAGCAGCCUGGCCAAUGCAUUCAGAUCAACCAAGGAAUUCUCAGCUGGUAACAAAGGUCCUGAAAACUGGCCUAACUGUGAGGCAUUGGGCACGUCGGGAUGAAUUGGUUGCAUCAGAAAUAGUUGAAAAUGCUGUGAGAACUUUGAUGGCUUCACCUGAGGGAGAUGAGAUGAGGAAGAGAGCAUCAGAAUUAAGCAUUGCUGUCAAACAAUCAGUCAUGGAUGGGGAAGGUUACGGUGCGGAGAUGAAUUCUUUUAUCGCACACAUUACUCGAGAACUUUCUCACCAGAAUUGACCAAUUGAUAGCAUAAGUGGUUCAACCUAUGAGACUUUAUCAAUGCUCUAUCACCAUCUGAGUGGGUUCAGUGUCCCCUUUUAUGCACAUCACUGCAUGUAUGUUUAAGGAUAAAAAGCUUUUCUUUAUGAGUUCCUUAUAUUUUUUAGUAUAAAUGUAAAGGUCCUCCUUUACUAGCAACUAGUUCUUUUGGCCAGAGAUAUAAAAUAUUAGAAGCUGUUUGUGUAAUCUUUCAAGAACUUUUUGCUUGUGACUACUGAGUGAUAUACUAUGUAUUUUCCAUUCUGCCAGA